GUCAACAUCAAACCUAACCUAAGAAAAUAUUGUGUUGUGAAUAAAAAACUGAAAAGCUAGGAAAAAAUGUCGUAUUCAAACGUACAAAGAGUAAGAAUACUUUAUAAAACAAUUUUAAAGCUACAUAGAGGUCUACCAGAUGAGCUACAAGUAAUAGGGACAAAUUAUGCAAUGGAUGAGUUUCGAAGACAUAAAACUUGUAGUCUGAGUGAAGCUGAGACAUUUAUUAAUGAAUGGACGCAUUAUGCAAUAGAUUUAGCAAAACAAUUGGGUAUUCGAGGCCCGUUGACAUCAACAACGAAAACAUUUGGGGCACCUUUAUCGAGUUGUGAUUUGGAGAGUUUAAGGGACGAGCAAAUAAAUCAAUUAUAUGAACUUAUGGUUGCAGCAAAGGCAGAGGCAGAAAAGCCCACAACGCCUCCCCAGAUAUCUCCUGUGGAGGAACAAGAAAAAUAUUUACACGAUGCGUUAGGCGUCGUCAAGGCUCAGGCCUUUCAUAUGAAGAGGGCCUUGGAUAAAAACAAAUUGAUGGAAGCUUUAAAAAAUGCAAGUGCUAUGCUCACCGAGUUAAGAACUUCUUUAUUAUCCCCCAAAAGCUACUAUGAACUAUAUAUGGCCAUAACAGAUGAAUUAAGACACAUGGAAUUAUAUUUGGUUGAUGAGUUCCGUAAAGGCAGAAAAGUUACAGAUUUGUAUGAAUUGGUUCAAUAUGCAGGAAAUAUUGUUCCGAGAUUAUAUCUUCUUAUAACUGUUGGAUUGGUUUACAUUAAAACUAAUACAUCCUUAAGAAGGGAUUUGUUAAAGGAUCUUGUUGAAAUGUGCAGAGGGGUACAACACCCUCUCAGAGGUUUAUUUCUCCGCAACUACCUUUUGCAAUGCACAAGAAACGUUUUACCCGAUGCACCUGAUGUAGACACCGAUUGUCCAGAAGGCACUGUAAAAGACUCCAUUGAUUUUGUGCUGAUGAAUUUCGCGGAAAUGAAUAAACUUUGGGUUAGGAUGCAGCAUCAGGGUCAUUCGAGGGAGAGGCAGAACAGGGAGAGGGAACGAGAGGAGCUUCGGAUUUUGGUUGGCACCAAUUUAGUUAGGUUAAGUCAGUUGGAGUCGGUUACAUUGGAGAAGUAUCAGAAGUCUGUGUUGCCUGGCAUUUUGGAACAGGUGGUAAGCUGUAGAGAUGCAAUUGCGCAGGAGUAUCUAAUGGAAUGCAUUAUCCAAGUAUUCCCCGACGAAUUCCACAUCCAAACUCUAAACCCAUUCUUAAAAUCAUGCGCCGAACUUGAAGUUGGUGUCAACGUUAAAAACAUCGUCAUCAGCCUUAUGGAGCGAUUGGCAGCGUUUAGCCAAAGAUCGGAUGCUUUGGGAAGUGAUGGUGUUAGUAUUUUGCAGGAGGUUCAGUUGUUCGAGAUUUUCUCGAAUCAAGUUUCCCUUAUUAUUGCAAACAGGCAGUAUUUGCCCCCAGAGGAUAUGGUGGCUCUACAGGUUGCCUUGGUGAAUUUAGCGUUGAAAUGUUACCCGGACCGUAUCGAUUACAUUGAUAAAGUUAUGUUGUCCAGUGUAGAAGUUCUACAAAGAUUGGGCAUGGAGCAUCUGGAAUCAAACACUUCGGUGGCUAAAGAACUGCAAAAGUUACUAAAAAUUCCACUGGAUAACUACAACGAUCUACUUAUGGUUUUAAAACUGAAACAUUAUGCGGGGUUGAUGCAGCAUUUAGACUACUACGGAAGAAAAGCGUUAAGCAUUUACAUACUCACCAACGCCUUAGAUAACGAAACCAUAGUUCCCUCGCAAGAAGAAGUCGAGCAAGCUUUAACCCUACUGAACACCCUCGUAAAUGAUAAGAAUGAAGCACCUGGUACGCAGGUGGACCUCGAGGAACUCGCCGAAGAACAAUGUUUACUGGCUAGGUUCGUGCAUCAACUGAAGUCGAGUGUUUUGGAUGAUCAGUAUCUAAUUUUGACUUCUGCCAGAAAGAUUCUAGGUACAGGUGGUCCACAAAGGAUUAAAUAUACGCUACCUCCUUUGGUGUUCCAAGCCUAUCAACUGGCUUAUAAAUACAGGGAUACUCAGGAUGAGAAGUGGGAGAAAAAGUGCCAGAAAAUAUUCCAAUUCUGCCACCAAACCAUCACAGCAUUAGUUAAAGCUGAGUUGGCCGAUUUGCCGUUGCGUUUGUAUUUGCAGGGCGCCCUAGCCAUCGACAAAAUCGGUUUUGAAAAUCACGAAACCGUGGCAUACGAGUUUAUGUCUCAAGCGUUCUCUUUGUACGAGGACGAAAUAUCGGAUUCCAAAGCGCAAUUGGCUGCCAUAACUUUGAUCGUCGGGACUUUGGAGCAGAUCAGUUGCUUCUCCGAAGAAAACUCUGAGCCACUGCGCACGCAAUGCGCGCUGGCCGCCAGUAAGUUGCUGAAAAAGCCCGACCAGUGCAGGGGUGUCGCCACAUGCACCCACCUGUUUUGGAGCGGCAAGACUCUCGCGACCGACAGGGAAGAAUCUCACGACGGUAAAAGGGUGGUCGAGUGUUUGAAAAAAGGCCUGAAGAUCGCCAAACAAUGCAUGGAUAUCAGCGUUCAAGUGCAGUUGUUUGUGGAGUUGCUGAACCAUUACAUUUACUUCUUUGAGAAGGGCAAUGAUCAGGUCAGUGUUCAGAUUUUGAACCAAGUUAUUGGCAAGAUUAAGGAAGAGCUGCCGAAUUUGGAAAGUUCAGACGAGACGGAACAAAUUACCAAGCAUUUUAAUAAUACCAUAGAACAUGUUAAGUCCAGAUUGGAUACGCCAGAUGGAGAUGGGAUAUCAUACGUUGGAGUGGAUCUUGAGGAACUCGCCGAAAAACAAUGUUUACUGGCUAGGUUCGUGCAUCAACUGAAGUCGAGUGUUUUGGAUGAUCAGUAUCUCAUUUUGACUUCUGCCAGAAAGAUUCUAGGUACAGGUGGUCCACAAAGGAUUAAAUAUACGCUACCUCCUUUGGUGUUCCAAGCUUAUCAACUGGCUUAUAAAUACAGGGAUACCCAGGAUGAGAAGUGGGAGAAAAAGUGCCAGAAAAUAUUCCAAUUCUGCCACCAAACCAUCACAGCCUUAGUUAAAGCUGAGUUGGCCGAUUUGACCUUGCGUUUGUACUUGCAGGGUGCUCUAGCCAUCGACAAAAUCGGUUUUGAAAAUCACGAAACCGUGGCAUACGAGUUUAUGUCUCAAGCUUUCUCUUUGUACGAAGACGAAAUAUCGGAUUCCAAAGCGCAAUUGGCCGCCAUAACUUUGAUAGUCGGGACUUUGGAGCAGAUCAGUUGCUUCUCCGAAGAAAACUCUGAGCCACUGCGCACGCAAUGCGCGCUAGCCGCCAGCAAGUUGCUGAAAAAGCCCGACCAGUGCAGAGGUGUCGCCACAUGCACCCACCUGUUUUGGAGCGGCAAGACUCUCGCGACCGACAGGGAAGAAUCUCACGACGGUAAAAGGGUGGUCGAGUGUUUGAAAAAAGGCCUGAAAAUCGCGAAACAAUGCAUGGAUAUCAGCGUUCAAGUGCAGUUGUUUGUCGAGUUGCUGAACCAUUACAUUUACUUCUUUGAGAAGGGCAACGAUCAGGUCAGUGUUCAGAUUUUGAACCAAGUUAUCGGCAAGAUUAAGGAAGAGCUGCCGAAUUUGGAAAGUUCAGACGAGACGGAGCAAAUUACUAAGCAUUUCAAUAAUACCAUAGAACAUGUUAAGUCCAGAUUGGAUACGCCAGAUGGAGAUGGGAUAUCAUACGUUGGAAUUCAGACUUCACGAGAAGAAGUUGAGCAACCUUUAACCCAACUGAACACCCUCGUAAAUGAUAAAAUUGAAGCACCUGGUACUCAGUUCGUGCAUCAACUGAAGUCGAGUGUUUUGGAUGAUCAGUAUCUCAUUUUGACUUCUGCCAGAAAGAUUCUAGGAACAGGUGGUCCACAAAGGAUUAAAUAUACGCUACCUCCUUUGGUGUUCCAAGCCUAUCAACUGGCUUAUAAAUACAGGGAUACCCAGGAUGAGAAGUGGGAGAAAAAGUGCCAGAAAAUAUUCCAAUUCUGCCACCAAACCAUCACAGCCUUAGUUAAAGCUGAGUUGGCCGAUUUGCCGUUGCGUUUGUACUUGCAGGGUGCCCUAGCCAUCGACAAAAUCGGUUUUGAAAAUCACGAAACCGUGGCAUACGAGUUUAUGUCUCAAGCUUUCUCUUUGUACGAAGACGAAAUAUCUGAUUCCAAAGCGCAAUUGGCUGCUAUAACAUUGAUCGUCGGGACUUUGGAGCAAAUCAGUUGCUUCUCCGAAGAAAACUCUGAGCCACUACGCACGCAAUGCGCGCUAGCCGCCAGCAAGUUGCUGAAAAAGCCCGACCAGUGCAGAGGUGUCGCCACAUGCACCCACCUGUUUUGGAGCGGCAAGACUCUCGCGACCGACAGGGAAGAAUCUCACGACGGUAAAAGGGUGGUCGAGUGUUUGAAAAAAGGCCUGAAGAUCGCCAAACAAUGCAUGGAUAUCAGCGUGCAAGUGCAGUUGUUUGUGGAGUUGCUGAACCAUUACAUUUACUUCUUUGAGAAGGGCAAUGAUCAGGUCAGUGUUCAGAUUUUGAACCAAGUUAUCGGCAAGAUUAAGGAAGAGCUCCCGAAUUUGGAAAGUUCGGACGAGACGGAACAAAUUACUAAGCAUUUUAAUAAUACCAUAGAACAUGUUAAGUCUAGAUUGGAAACGCCAGAUGGAGAUGGGAUAUCAUACGUUGGAAUUCAGACUUCACGAGAAGAAGUUGAGCAAGCUUUAACCCAACUGAACACCCUCGUAAAUGAUAAAAUUGAAGCACCUGGUACUCAGUUGGACCUCGAGGAACUCGCGGAAGAACAAUGUUUACUGGCUAGGUUCGUGCAUCAACUGAAGUCGAGUGUUUUGGAUGAUCAGUAUCUCAUUUUGACUUCUGCCAGAAAGAUUCUAGGUACAGGUGGUCCACAAAGGAUUAAAUAUACGCUACCUCCUUUGGUGUUCCAAGCCUAUCAACUGGCUUAUAAAUACAGGGAUACCCAGGAUGAGAAGUGGGAGAAAAAGUGCCAGAAAAUAUUCCAAUUCUGCCACCAAACCAUCACAGCCUUAGUUAAAGCUGAGUUGGCCGAUUUGCCGUUGCGUUUGUAUUUGCAGGGUGCCCUAGCCAUCGACAAAAUCGGUUUUGAAAAUCACGAAACCGACGAAAUAUCGGAUUCCAAAGCGCAAUUGGCCGCCAUAACUUUGAUAGUCGGGACUUUGGAGCAGAUCAGUUGCUUCUCCGAAGAAAACUCUGAGCCACUGCGCACGCAAUGCGCGCUGGCCGCCAGUAAGUUGCUGAAAAAGCCCGACCAGUGCAGAGGUGUCGCCACAUGCACCCACCUGUUUUGGAGCGGCAAGACUCUCGCGACCGACAGGGAAGAAUCUCACGACGGUAAAAAGGUGGUGGAGUGUUUGAAAAAAGGCUUGAAGAUCGCCAAACAAUGCAUGGAUAUCAGCGUGCAAGUGCAGUUGUUUGUGGAGUUGCUGAACCAUUACAUUUACUUCUUUGAGAAGGGCAACGAUCAGGUCAGUGUUCAGAUUUUGAACCAAGUUAUCGGCAAGAUUAAGGAAGAGCUGCCGAAUUUGUAA